AUGUCUUUAUCAAAUUUAUCUAAUCUAUUGUUAUCACAAAUCAUAUCAGAUAUUAAUAAUAAUGGAGAUAUCGUAUGUCUACUAUUAACUUGUAAAGAUAUCUGUUAUAAUAGUAGUUUAAAAAGAUCAAUUAGAUUUAAAGGAAUAGGUCCUAUUGAUACGAUCAAAGGAAAGGAAUCAAAAAAGUUUAAUGCAACAUCUACUCUAUUCAAACUAUCAUCUUUUAAAGAUAUCUUGGAGAAUAGUAUAUCACAUCAACAUGUUUUCAAACCUCACUUUAUCGAGAAAGAAAAAGAAGGAGAUGGAGGGAAAGACAAUGGUAGUGUAACUACUGCUUUGGUGCACAAGUUUUGUUGUUUUGGUGAAGAAGAUAUCAUAAAGUCACUCGCUAUACCAUCGAUCGAGACACUAUUCAUUGAGAAGACUUUCUAUGAUGUGAAUCUUAAUUCCGUUUCUGUCUUGCCUCGUCUCCAACACCUUUCAAUGAAUGCAAAGGAUCUAACUCUUGGCCAUCACUCUGAAACUCUCAAGUCUCUUCAACUUCAAGUCAACACGCCGUACCGUCUCGCUGACUUGGGACUCACCAAAUUCGUCUGUUUGACAGAGUUGACCUUUGUAAACAAUUUUGUUAGUCAAAUAGGACCAGGUCUUUUGCCAAGUAGUUUGACAUCUCUCACUCUUCCAUUGAUUGGAAUCAUUCCAAGAAAUACUUUCCUUUCAUUAAAGUCACUCAAAACUCUCAAGAUCCACUAUGAAAUAGAGAAAGUAAGAGAACAACAACGAUUCAUCGAUCUAGAGAGUCUACCCGUCCUCAAGAUGUUGUCCAUUUGUGACAAAAAUGAUCCAACUAUUGACAAAAGCACUCUCUCGAGAUGUCCAAUGCCACAAUUGGAGAAAUUGUGUAUCGAACAAAGUGAAUUCAUUCUUGGAAGAGUCAAUCUAGGGUCAUGUCCAUCAAUCAAGAAACUCUUUGUUUUCAAUUGUCUUGUGUCCAUGCCAAACAUUAUCCCGUCGACUGUUGAAAAGUUAACCAUUAUCAAAACUUGUUUUGAAAACACAAUUCUUGAACAAGUUGUAUUGCCACCAUUGCUGACUUGUCUAACUCUUACUAGACAAUGUGCAGAAGAAGUCAAACUCCCUGAAUCUCUCAUCAAACUGAAACAAUAUGUCGAAAAGGUUCCAUUGUCACUUCCACAAAACUUGAAGAAACUGUUAUUGACAACUUAUCGAAAAAACUAUUUUGAAAAUUUUGAACUCCCAUCCCAGUAUCCACCCAAUCUAGAAUCACUAGAUUUGUCUUCUAUCCCUGGAAUCUAUAAACUCGAUAUACCACCAAUGACCAAAUAUCUAUCGAUAAUUGUGGACCGAGACUAUGAUGAAACUCAACUGUCAUUUGAAAAAAUGGUCAUCGACAAUACCCCUCCAAUCUUUUCAAUUGGUUCAAGAAUUAGAAAUUCCAUCUCACAACCACAAUGGCUACCACCCACGACUACUCAUCUAGAUUGCCUAAUCAAGGCAAUGGGCCACAAGAAUGGAGUUCGUUUUAGAUUGGAUGAGAGAUUAGACCCAUACAAUAGAAAUGUAUUGGUAUUGGAAACUCAAACACUUCAAGGUGGAAUCAUUAGUCAAAGAAAAUCAUCAACCAAUGAUCAACAACAACAACAACAACAACAAUAUGAUCCAAUUUAUUUACAUUUUACUGUUGACAAAGAUUCAUCACCAUAUAGAUUGAAUUUGAGUUUUGGUGAUAAUAAUUUAAAGCAUAUAAUGAAUCAACCAUUUUAA